AUGUCAACAGUUUUUAACGAGCCGAAUGUUUGGAGAGAAUGUAACCAGUGGCGUUCUGUCUUUGCAACGCCAUCUGACGGAACCGGGCAAUUAUUUGCCAAUUUUGGUUCUAUCGAUGAAGAUACAACAACUGUCCAAGACGUGGAAACUAUGAUUCAAGUUAUUGCCAAUCAAUUCGCUAUGGAUGUAUACAAUGAGCUCAAAAAUGAUGUAACUACAGAACAGCUUAGAGCUGUAAAAACAUCUCAAGCCGAAACUCGCCGAACAACAUUUCGCCCAAUGGGACCUCAUAAAACACCUACAGUCACGCCAAUUAACUCUCGACGCGGUCAAAGAACGCAUACUGGAGCAAAUGGAAGAGCUUCGAUCAAAUAUGUGUGA